UCGGUUUUUGAAACAAAAAUAUUGACAUCCGUAAUUAAAGCGGUAAUUCCAUUGAUGAUUGAUGAGGAAUCAGAUGUUCGUAGGGCAUUACAAUCAUUAUUGUCGUCAAUAUUUACGGAGAAAGCGGAAUUAAUUGAGCCGCAUGUAAUUUUUAUGAUAUUAUAUAUUCAUUCAGCAAUGACACAUAUUUUACCAGAUGUACGAAAUGAUUCAACGAAGAUUUUGAUCUGGCUUUUGGAAAUACAAGGAGAAUAUGUUGUUAAAUAUGCAUGGGAGAAGUUUUUAAAUACAUUUUCAGUUUUAUUUGGAUGGAAAAGUGACGAAAACAUAAAAAAUACAAAUACAUAUCUUUUUAAAUCAACGUUUUCUCAGGAAUCAAGAUAUCAACAUUUUAAAGCAUUUGAUAUUUUUUUAAGAAAAGGUCUUUGUUUCGAUAAAGAAAAUUCUCAUGUGGCACCCAAAAUAUAUUUAAAUCAAACAAGAUAUUUAUCAGGAAUAAAUCAUCCUAUGGUUUCCAGAUAUUUAGGUUGGCCUUUAAAGUCAUCUCCAUAUUUUCAUCUUUCUUUAUUUUCUCAAGUCAAUAAUAUAUCUAAAAAGGUAUAUAAAGAUGUAUGGUCUCGCUCAAUGUUAUUCUAUUUGUAUCUUCCAGGUUUAUUGUCUUAUCUUCAAGGGACAUGGUUCGAAUUAUUACCAUCAUCGAUGGAUUCUCUGUCUUUUAUUACGAUUAAGACAUGUAUUCAUGUUAUAUCAAUACUGGAUCAUAUAAAUCUAGUUUUAAAGAAAAUUGAAGUAGAUGAAUUGUCAUUGAAACAAAAUUUAAAAACAUUACAUGGUUUUAUUACAAGAAUCGAAUUCACAAUGAAAGAACUUAAAAAUUAUAAUGAAAGUGUUGAAUUGCGGAAAUAUUGGAUUAAAACGGGUUUAUAUAAAGAAUAAUUAUUUACA